AUGAGCAGGGACGUGCAAGUGACUUGCGCUGAGCAUUCAUAUGAAGAGGUCGAUGACCUCGUAUGGGUUUGCACGAGGUGUGGACACGUGCUCCCAGCGCAGACGCUGGUCGGUGAGAUCAAUGCGGCGAACAUCCAUGUCCAUGAGAACUUCGACACACAUGCAUCCAACAAGUACGGGCUGGACCGAUCGUCAGUCAACCGUUUGAACGCUCCGAGCAUCGUCGAGGAGCUGUGUCACAGGCUCAAUGUGCAUGAUCGCAAUGUGAUAGAACAGACCGUCUCCCUCAUGGAGCAGUACGAAUCCGAGUGCUCCCUGCUCAGAGCCUCGCGGAUCCUCCAGAGUUUGAUUUGGUUCAAGGCGAUGAGAAGCUUCGUGGACGCAGGGGAUAAGGUGUGUGGUAGGGGAGGGCAGUCUGAGGAGGACAACUCUUUGGAGAUGAGGAAAGAGUGGGAGAACGUCAAGGAACUUGUGCUGGGUCGGAUGAGCUGCUGCCAAGCAUUCCUCAGGAGUGUUCCGAGGCUGAAUGCCGCGCUGAUCAAGGAGGAGGAGCUGAGAGCUCGAUCGUUCACGGAUCCAUCGUACUCGAAGAUGUCGCAUGCAAAAAGUAGCGAAUCCGACCUCGAGGGUCUGUCCCGUAGAUAUGCCAGAAGGCUGUUGAAGGACAUCAGCGAACAUUCUUCGGCGGUGUUGCAGAAGUUUCUCGACUGUCAUCACAAGGAGAUAAUCCAGAAGAUUGCAAAUGAAGGGCAGCUGUCCGAUGAAGAGAUAUCAUCUACUAGAGAGCAUCUGAAAAUUCACCCCAGCCUUUCAAUCAAGCUCCAAGACCUCCUUGCUUCGAGUGCCGACAGCGGGACCUUCCCGAACUACAUCGACCACACCCGCCUGUUUCGUUGGAGUGCGGAUCGAUCGGUGAUUGAGAGGGUUGCAGCAGCCGUCCUCUAUUUGCUGCUCCGCAAGGGCAAGCAAAAGCCCUUCCUGCAGGAGGUUGCGGCUUCUCUGUCUACAUCCCGAGCGAACGAUCGAGACAAGAAGCAAAUAAACAAUCUAGUAGAGCACAUCGGCCGCCUCUGCCCGGUCAAAGAUGCAGUGCCAUGGUUGAGGGCGUCGGAAUUCUCAUCUACUCUCGAGCAAACUCUGCAGCAGCUGAAGAACUGCUGGAGGGUGCAGCCGUCUGGCGAAGGCGGCCUUGACACCAGUGUGCUCCUUCAGCAAGAGUCUGUGAGAAAGAUCGAGAGGUGCAGCUCUGACCUGCUGUUGAUUCUAGAGGCGGCGAACCGAAUGCAUGGUCGAUACCCGCAGACGGUGAUAGGGGGCAUCUUGUCCUUUGCCUGUGGAGUAGUUUGCUCGGACAGUAGAGAUCUUGCGAGAGUUCGAGCUGACAUUGCAAACCUUGUUGGGAUUAAGAAAUCAACUAUCGAAUCCAGGAACCGCGAGAUCUGCACAUUUCUCGUCUCGCAAUCGAAGGAUCUCCCUUUCGGGGUCGAAGGAAAGAAUCUUUAUGUCCAUGCUGAGGCUGUUUUGGAUCACUUGAAGCGUAAGAUGACCCAAGGGAGUAAGUUUCUUGCCAACACCCCGAAGCAUGCGGGUUCGCUGCAGCAAGAGUCUGUUGUUCGGGUAGCGCAAUGGAUAAGGCAGCUAGUGGAGGAUCGGGCUUCGAAGACUGUAACGAGGGAGGACCUGUCGGAGGAGGAUCACCGGGCCCUUGAGGUCUUCAAGGCGGGGCUGAGAUAUGGGUGCCACGUCAGCAAGAUCGAGCGGGAAUGUCUCGACGGCUCGUUCGUCAACUCCGACUGGUGGCUGCGAUCGACGGGGAUCAUGCCGAAGCGGAAAGUGGGAGAGGGAGAGGAACUGACGGCCCAGGAUGUCUCCGACGACGAUCUCGAGCCUGGGGGAAUCUACUUGUACAGCGCUGAGGAGGUUGCGGUGCGUGAGCAGCAACUGCAGUUGGAGGAGGAAGAGGAAGAGGAGGAGGAGGACAUGCGGGAGGAAAAAGUUGUGAAACCAUCUCCGCCAAGGAAGAGAAUCAGGAGAGCGAAGCGAGAGGAGAUGGGAACCCGUCUCGGACGAUCAGCGAAAGUCAAUUACGAAGCUCUGGAGAAACUUCUCAAGGAAUUCAGUUGA